AUGCUGCUUCAGCACAAGCGCUUCAGCUCGUCUGCCGCAUGCAGUACCGCGAAUAAGAGCCUGGCCAGCCCGUAUUCAUUUGCGCGACAUGUGCGAUCAAGGUACACUGGCAUGCUCAUGUGCCCUGCGCAAGUUGUAUGGCUCUAUGCAUCGCGCCACCUGAGGCCUGAGCAUAGUCGCGAGUCGCGCCAAUGUCAGUUGCAGCGACAUGACAUGUUCAAAUUUGACUUUGAUUUGCCGAGCGAUGAAGCAGAGACUCCGAGCGUCACGCCAGCCAUAGACGCACUUAAAACCACGACAGCGAGCAAAUCUUUCAAAGAGCACUCUCUCGACGACCUUCUUGCAGAUCUUCCAGAUGUCAUCUCCUUCAAUACAGCACGCAUCGACUCGCCAAACGGUCAAAUUGAGCUCGACCGUCGAGAUCUCUAUGAUGCUCGCUUCCAGAUGCUGUCAGACCAACAACAGAGCGACGCUUGGCUAGGCGAAGCCGUAGAAGCUCCCACUGAUCUCAUACCUGGCGUCUACGAAGGCGGACUGAAGACAUGGGAGUGCUCGCUCGAUCUCGUCAGCUACUUGUCGACCCUCACCGAGCAACCUCGCAGCGUGCUCGAGCUAGGCGCAGGCACAGCUCUGCCGGCUUGCUACGUCUUCCAAUCGCUCUGCCGUCAGCUCGCAUCCGGAUCCCAGGCUCGAGGCCACCGCCUACAUCUGCAAGACUACAAUGACCACGUCUUGCGCCUCAUGACAUUGCCCAACCUACUGCUGGCGUAUGCCCGAGCGACCUCGGCCCCGCCAGCGCAACAGUCAGAUAUGGACGUACGGCCAAUCAGUCCGACUACUUCUGACAGCAGUGACAGCGACGAUGAAGACUUCCUCGAAGAUGGCGAGCCUGAGGAAACCCUCAACCGAGAGAAUGCUCUGGAGCUCGAUGAUGCCUUUAAAGCAGGCUUUCGCACAUUCUUACAGACGCACAAUAUUGAAUUACGCUUCUUCUCGGGCGACUGGUCACAAUUUCAGAGUGCAGCCAUCGCGCCCGAGGGUCACGAUCUCGUCCUCACGUCAGAGACGAUCUACAAUCUCGACACGCUGCCCGUGCUGACUUCGCUCUUGCGGUCGUCUCUCAUCGAUAGCGGGCGCGCGCUGGUGGCUUGCAAGAGAAUCUACUUUGGCGUGGGCGGAGGCAUGCACGAUUUCUGCGCUCAGAUCGACAGCACCGCUGGAUCGUACCACGUCGUCUGGCCGAGCAAGGGAUCGCGACAAGCCAAUGUCGCUCGUUGCAUCCUCGGCGUCAAAUGGGCCAAAUGA